AUGAAGAGUGAGAAGAUGUUGCAGCGAAAGGUAAAAAGAUUUACCCCAGAGGAUGACUCUCUGAUAAGGAAAUAUUGUAAUAAGUAUACAAUUAAAAACGCAGUAAAAAAGCUUUCUUCAAUAUUGGAAAGAUCUGAAAGAUCGAUUAGAGAAAGAUUCACUAAGUUCCUUGCUUUGAACUGUGAACCCUUUACAAAAGAAGAAGACCAAACAAUUUUGGAGAUGCAAGCUCAAUUUGGUAAUAAAUGGAAAUUGAUAGCAUCCUAUCUUCAAUCUCGCUCAGACAUUCAGACAAGAAUCAGAUAUAAACAGCUAAAAAAGGAGAUUGAUUUUCCUGAAAACUCAAUACCAAACGAUAAUCCUGAUGAUUUCAAUGAAAUAUUCGGUAUUGAAGAAAUUCCUGAAUUCGAUUUUAAUGAUUUUUGUCCUGAUUUUUGA